AAGAUGCUCACUGAAAUUCAGACACUCUCUCUCACUCUCGUCAAAAAUGGCACAUCUUCCGCUUUCUUCUUCACCAUAAUUAACCAGUUCUUUACACGUCGCUCUCUCUCUCUCUAGACAAAAGCAGAGGGAGACCAUAAAGUUCGGAACUUGUUAAUGGCCGAGGAAAGACCCGACGAAGAGGAUCCCGAGAGCCGCGACACUCGGGUCUCGGACAUGAUCCUCGGUAGUUCUCCGGCUCUGUCGCCGCGCCUUGGUCCUACCCGGUUCUCUGUCUCCGUCGGCGACAAGCUCCGAGACGGUGGAUGGGAUUUCGGGUCGAUUUGGUAUGGGAUUUUUGGGGAUCCGAAUUCGAAGAAAUCGGUUAAGCGAGGGAAGAGGAAGAGAGCCCGGGCUUGGUACCGGAGGAGAACGGCUCAAACCGUUAUCGGCGUGAUCGCUUUGGUCGGAUUCUUCUUCUUUGUGAACUGGUUCAUGCUCUCCAGGCUUCAUGAUGGUCGGGUUUGGCUUCGGAGAGGAUUUUUGAAGAACCCUGGAGCAGGCUCUAACCGGGUUUCGGUCAAAGUGUCGGCGUCGGUUCAGAAGCAUGGUGAGCCCAAAAGGUCUGGGAAACUAAAGAGGAAAUACAAUGGAACCUAUGGAAGAAUGUUGGCUCUGGCUGUCCAUGCUUUGGUUGAGGGACAGAAUAAACCCGAGCCAAAAGAAUUAUGGCGGGAGCCCAAGGAACAAGCUGCUGCUUGGAAGCCGUGUGCUGAUCAACGUACCUGGGCACCCAAUGAUGGGAGAAAUGGAUAUAUUAUGGUAACUGCAAAUGGUGGGAUUACUCAACAAAGAGUCGCUGUUUGUAACAUUGUUGUUGUUGCCCGGUUACUUAAUGCAACCCUAGUUAUCCCCAAGUUCAUGUUCAGCGAUGUCUGGACGGAUGCUAGUCAGUUUGGAGAUAUCUAUCAGGAGGAACAUUUUAUUAAGUACCUCUCUCCCGACAUCCGAGUAGUAAAGCAACUACCAAAGGAGCUCCAGUCAUUGGAUCUUGAGGCAAGCGGCAGCGUUGUUACGGAUUCAGACAUCGUGAAAGAGGCGAAACCGAGCUUUUAUCUGAAACACAUUCUCCCUCAUCUGCUUAAGAACAGAGUUAUCCAUUUUGUUGGAUUCGGAAAUCGCUUGGCCUUUGACCCGAUUCCGUUUGAGUUGCAGAGGCUUCGGUGCAGGUGUAACUUUCACGCGCUAAAUUUCGUGCCUAAGAUACAAGAAACGGGUGCAUUGAUCGUGAGGAGAUUACGUGACAACGGGUCCCACCUCGCACCAGUGGACCCUUAUCUCGUCGGUCCAAAAUACGCUUCCUCGAUUUUGGACAAGAAGUCUGGUCCUGCCCGAAAAGCUUCUAGAUACCUCGCUCUUCAUUUGAGGUUUGAAAUCGAUAUGGUGGCUCAUUCUCUCUGUUACUUCGGCGGAGGCGAAACCGAGCAGAAAGAAUUGGAAGCUUACCGCGAAAAACACUUCGCUUCCCUCGCAGCUACAUCAAAGACGAAAAAGUUGCCUUCUCCUGAAGAGCUGAGAUCAGAAGGGCUUUGCCCAUUAACACCAGAGGAAGCCGUUCUUGUUCUUGCAGCUCUUGGCUUCAGCCGAAACACUCGUGUUUUCAUCGCGAGCGCAAAUAUAUACGGAGGGGCGAAAAGGAUACCUGCUUUGACGAGCUUGUACCCGAAUUUAGUCACCAAAGAGAAUUUGCUCUCCCCGAGCGAGCUUGAGCCCUUCCUGAACUAUACAUCUCAGCUAGCGGCGCUGGAUUUCAUCGGGUGUGCUGCAGCAGACGCCUUUGCGAUGACAGACUCGGGGAGCCAACUGUCGUCUCUGGUCUCGGGUUACCGUAUAUAUUACGGGGGAGGAAGAAUGCCGACCAUCAGACCGAACAAGAGAAGACUCUCAGACAUAUUCUUCAAGAACAACACGAUAGAGUGGAAAGUGUUCGAACAGAGGGUGAGGAAAGCGAUUAGGCAGACCAAACAUGUCUUCGCCAGACCAAAGGGACGAAGCGUUUAUCGUUACCCAAGAUGUAAAGAAUGUAUGUGCAACACCAUUCAAGAUUGAUCCUUUCACUCUCUGUUCUUUUUUGAUUAAGCCAUAAAAAAAACCUAUCAUGUAACUUUUUUUUUCAUCCCUUUGUUGGGUCUAUUGUAUUGAACAAUGUUCUUGUUUCUGUGAGGAUGUUGUCAUUUGGGUAUGAAGAUUUUGUUGGAGAGUGCA